AUGAUGGGAAGUUUUGAUGACUUGGGAUCAAUAGCUGCAAACCAAAGGAAUAAUAUCAGGAAGUUUUUGUUUCUGAAUAUAAAUUACGUCUCUCCCUCCCUGUUUUUAUUCUUUAUUGCUCCAGUUAGUGUGCUGAAGCAUGACAAGAGCUCAAACUCGGCAAACUUCCAAGAUGUGGAGGAUGCGCCUGACAGAUGUGUCUUAGAGGAAUCUGAGAGUCCAGAUGACAUGAAGGCACAUCCCUGGAUAUCUAAGGUGUGCUCCUGUAAGGUGUGUUAGAAGACCCCACUUAGCUGAAAGAAUACGAAGAUGCACAAGAGCAGCCAAGACAUAAGAUAAAGGUGGAAUGGACAUGGGGUGGCUUAUUGUGGUUAUUAUUUUGUACCUUUAACACUUCAUUUUUGGAAGAAAUAUCUUCCAUAAUGUCAGCUGCUCUCUGCUGAUUUACUGAAUUCAAUUCACACUUCUCUCACUAAUGGAUUUACAGUUAUUCAAUUUAAUUUGAUAUUUCUAAUAUAGAAAAUAUCAAGUCCUUAUUUUAGAUGUUUUUCAUUAGCUACACUAGUGAUUCCAAACACUGAUUGACU